UCGAGUAUCCCAAAUCCCACUGCUCCCGUCGCUCUCGCCGCCCUCCGCCGCGCCUCCCACCAAUCACCACGCGCGCCGGCCGCGGCGGCGCGCCGCCUCACACGCCACACGAUGAUUCGGCGGGCGUUCCGGCACCUGGCGCGGCGGAUGCUGAGCAACGUGCCGGAGUCGACAGUAUACGGCGGGCCGCGGCCGCAGGAGCCGUCGGCGGGGGCGCGGCGCGUGACGGUGACGACGCUCCGCGGGAAGCACCGCCGCGGGGAGCCCAUCACCGUCGUCACCGCCUACGACUACCCGUCCGCGGUGCACGUCGACUCGGCAGGGAUCGACGUCUGCCUCGUGGGGGACUCGGCGGCCAUGGUCGUGCACGGCCACGACACCACGCUCCCCAUCUCGCUCGACGUCAUGCUCGAGCACUGCCGCGCCGUCGCGCGCGGCGCCACCAGGCCGCUCCUCGUCGGCGACCUCCCCUUCGGGUGCUACGAGUCCUCCUCCACGCAGGCUGUUGAUUCUGCGGUGAGAGUGCUAAAGGAAGGUGGAAUGGACGCAAUCAAGCUGGAAGGAGGUGCACCCUCAAGAAUCAGUGCUGCUAAGGCUAUUGUGGAGGCUGGAAUCGCUGUAAUGGGGCAUGUUGGGCUCACGCCGCAGGCUAUUAGUGUUCUUGGUGGAUUUCGACCACAGGGGAAGACGGUUGAUAGUGCUGUAAAGGUUGUGGAGACAGCACUUGCUUUGCAGGAGGUUGGUUGCUUCUCAGUUGUGUUGGAGUGUGUGCCAGCUCCUGUGGCAGCUGCUGCAACAUCAGCGUUGCAAAUCCCAACCAUUGGAAUUGGUGCCGGACCAUUCUGCAGUGGGCAGGUCUUAGUUUACCAUGACUUGUUAGGGAUGAUGCAGCAUCCACAUCAUGCCAAGGUGACACCAAAAUUCUGCAAACAAUUUGGUAACGUCGGCCAUGUCAUCAACAAGGCCCUGUCUGAGUAUAAGCAGGAAGUGGAAACCCGGGCUUUCCCAGGUCCCAGCCACACGCCAUACAAGAUCACCGCAACGGAUGUGGACGGCUUCGCGAACGCGCUACAGAAGAUGGGCUUGGACGAGGCUGCAAAUGCUGCAGCUGCCGCAGCGGAAAAUGCAGAGAACAAAUGAUUUUUUUUUUCCUUUUUGGCUGUUGGCUUCGAGCAUCGAAGCUGGAUCUACAUUGCAAGAAGGAAGCGGUAAUCUGUUGAGCUUGCACUGCACAAUGGCGGGUAUAUCUCGAUGCAAUCCUGCCAAGGCCUCAGGGGUGAAAUGAUGCUGAAAACGCCAGCAUACUGUUUGGACAAUCCUUCUCAUAUCUUAAAAGGAGUUUUACGUGGAAUGUAUCUCUGGGAAUAGCAUCUGUUUGGUGCCUGCGUUCCAUUGAUAAGCACUGGAUGUCCCAGGCAAAUAUUUACCAACAAUUUAACGCUGAUAAGAUGAACAUGCUGUUAA